AUGAGGACGAUGACUUCAACCCCCCCUCAUGUCGAUGAUUCUGAUGCCGAGGACGCCAAGCCCGCAAAGGUCGACGACGACAGUCGCACCGCCUCCUACGGGAAUGAUGACGCGAAGCACAAUGUGGAAGAGGAAGACGAAAAAGAUGUUGCCGACGAUGACGACAAUGAUGACGAAGAUGAGGAGGACGAGGAGGACGAGGAGGAGGAAGAACAAGAAGUGAACAAUCGUCCGCGUAAGCGCAGAAGAGGUGGUGUUAUGAACUUCAUCGAAGAGGAGGCUGGUGUCGACGAAGAAGAGGACGAAGCCGAAGAUGAGGAGGACGAACUGGCCGAGUUUGGCACCGAAAUGCACCCCGAUGACCUCGAUGCGCUACCAGCGGGCGCUGAGACCGAUGACCGACGCCAUCGUCAACUUGACCGACAACGCGAACUCGACGCAACCAUGGAUGCCGAAAAGCAAGCGCAGAUGCUGAAGGAGCGAUACGGACGAAACCGCGCUGCGGCUUCAGACGCUCUCGUUGUCCCGAAACGUCUGUUGCUUCCUAGUGUCGAAGAUCCCAGCAUCUGGGGUGGCCGCUGCAAGCCCGGCAAGGAGCGAGAAGUUGUUUUCUCUAUCCAGAAACGAAUUGAAGAGCGCCCGGCGAACUCCCGCAACCCCAUUCGCAUUAUCUCGGCCUUUGAACGUGGAAAUAUCAUGCAGGGUUGGUUCUACUGUGAGGCUCGCCGGCAACCCGAUGUCAUCGAAGGAUUGGAGGGUAUCAACUUCUACUACCCCUCCCAGAAGUUGACUCUAGUCCCGGUCAAGGAGAUGCCGGAUCUUCUUCGCGUGCAGAAGUCGGAGGAGCUGCUACCCGGUGGCUGGGUUCGCAUCAAGCGUGGAAAAUACCAGGGCGACUUGGCUCAAAUUGAGGAAGUCGAGACAAACGGUCUUAAUGUGACUGUUCGACUAGUCCCGCGACUGGAUUAUGGUAUGAACGAAGAUGCCAAUGCGCUUGUCGGCCCUGAUGCCAAGCGCAAGCGUGGUGCCGCAAGCGCCGUUCGCGCCCCCCAACGACUGUUCAGCGAAGCCGAGGCAAAAAAGAAGCACGGCAAGUUCCUUUCAUCUACAUCUGGUCUCCGAGGCAAGUCAUGGAACUACCUCAACGAAAACUACGAGGAUGGCUUCCUCAUCAAGGAUAUGCGGGUAAACCUCUUAUUGACUAAGAACGUGAAUCCGCGUUUGGAGGAAGUCACAAUGUUUGCCCGUGGUGCAGACGAUGGAACCGCUAACCUGGAUCUGGCCUCGCUGGCCGAGACAUUGAAAAACUCGACAGCUGAAGACGCAUACCAACCUGGUGACCCGGUUGAGGUGUACCGGGGUGAACAACAGGGCUUGGUUGGCCGAACGGUAACCACUCGUGGCGACAUUGUCUCAUUGGAAGUCACCGAAGGAGAUCUGGCUGGCCAGACCAUCGAUGCUCCUGUUCGGACCCUCCGCAAGCGCUUCCGUGAGGGUGACCACGUUAAGGUCAUUGGAGGAAGUCGUUACCAGAACGAGUUGGGUAUGGUGGUUCAAGUCAAGGAGGACACUGUCACCUUGCUCAGCGAUAUGAGUAUGCAGGAGAUUACCGUCUUCAGCAAAGACCUUCGUCUCUCUGCUGAGAUGGCUGCCGAUGGCCAGCUCGGUAUUUACGAUGUCCACGACCUUAUUCAGCUUGAUGCUGCUACCGUCGCCUGUGUCAUCAAAGUCGACCGUGAAUCUCUCCGUGUCAUGGAUCAGAACGGUUCUACUCGCAAUGUGCUUCCCACGCAGGUUGCCAACAAGAUUACCCCUCGCCGGGAUGCUGUCGCAACUGAUCGCAAUGGUGCCGAGAUCCGACUGGGCGACACUGUUAAAGAGCUCUAUGGUGAACAGCGAAGUGGAGUGAUUCGUCAUAUCCAUCGUUCAUUCCUCUUCCUCCACAACAAAGCACAGGCUGAGAAUGCAGGCAUGUCUGUGAUGCGAACAACCAACGUCGUCACCGUAUCAGCGAGGGGUGGUCGUCCCGCAGGACCUGACCUCACCAAGCUGAACCCUGCUCUUGCGAUGCAAGCCCCGGGUGGUGGACGUGGUGCUAACAUGCCGCCUCCCCAACGUGGCCGUGAUCGCUUACUGGGCAAGACCGUGACUGUUCGCAAGGGCCGUUAUAAGGGCUUGGUCGGUAUUGUCCGUGACGCAGAUGACAACACUGCUCAAGUCGAACUCUACACAUCCAACAAGCCCGUCCAUAUAGAACGAGAUAUCCUUGUCCCCAAAGAUCCCAUCACAAAACAAUCACUCGAUGUUGGCCGCGGCAGAGGCGGAGGAGGAGGAUCUCGCGUUCCAUACGGUGCGUCUGCUGCACCUCCUGGUAGGGACGGUGGCUGGUCCGGCGGGCGUACUCCAAUGGCCUCGGGAGAUUCAUCAAGAACCCCAGCAUGGGGCGGCGCUGCCUCCUCACGAACACCUGCUUGGGGUGGCAACAGUGGUUCCCGCACUCCCUCAUGGAAGAACGACGGAUCACGAACCUCCAACCCCUGGGAAGCCGGAAACCGCACUGCGUACGGUGGUAUUGGCAACCGAACUCCAGCCUGGAACUCUGGCUCUCGCACCCCAUACGACUCCGGCUCCAGCUAUGACGCCUUCGCAUCUGGAUCUCGCACCCCUGCCUGGGGCAACGCCGGCGCUGGCAACCGCACUCCCGCUUGGGGUGGUCUUCCCAACAGCCGAGACCAGCGUGAUUUCGACGAUGCCCCUACCCCUGGCGGCUACUCUGCUCCCACCCCUGGAGCUUACGGCAGUGCCCCUACACCCGGUGCUUCUGCGCCAACUCCUGGCGCCUGGGCAGACAAUGCCCCGACUCCGGGUGCUUAUAACGCGCCAACCCCCGGUGGUAUGCCGAAGCGCAGUGGUGGAGGUGGCUAUGAUGCGCCGACACCUGCGGCCUAUGACGCUCCCACGCCAGCCAUGGGCGGUGCGGCUGCUACGCCUGGUGCGGGUUACGGCGAUGAUGACGGUGGCCCGCGUUAUGACGACGCAACACCAAGCCCGUGA